ACUACUGGGGCUCUCAGGUCACAGAAGUAGUAAGUUAGAAGCCUGUGGGGGACCCGAGGAGUGCUGUCCUGAGGCUGCCAGCCCAGCUGUUGAGAUGGAAGCCUCACAUGGGCAGGGCAGUGAAGGAGCCAAGCCAUUAGAGAAGGUGGGGAGUGUCCCCUGCUUAGAGAGGAGCUUCAGCACCGUUCCCACCGGAGAUGCCCUGGUCCGUCAUGCCAAGGGCCUGAGCCAGGAUACCUUCAAAAUUUGUAAAGAGUACCUGAGGCCUCUGAAGAAGUUCCUGCGAAAGCUGAACCUGCCCAAGGACCUUCCCCAGAAGAAGCGGAUCAGGUUUACAAAGCGGAGCCUGGGGGCCCUAGGGGACCACAUCAACACCUUUCUGCAGCAUUACUGCCGGGCCUGGGAGAUCAAGCACUGGAAAAAGAUGCUCUGGCGAUUUGUCUCCCUCUUCUCAGAACUGGAGUCGAAGCAGCUUCGCCGGCUCUAUAAGUACACCAAAGCCAACCAAACAGCCAAGUUCCUGGUCGCGUUCUGUCCCUUGGAUGCACCGGAGAGAUCCUUGCUGGCCAGUCAGGAGGACAGUCUCCCCAGACUCUGCAGCGCCUGGGGAUUGCAUGGGAACAUCAGCGGCAUGAAAGAGAGGCUGUCCAAGAUGCAGGCCCCCGGCCAAGCGGCUGGCAUGCUGGAGGAGCCAAGGUCCUCAAAAGGAGAUUUUUUAAGGAAACUUCCUCAAAAACCAAAGCUGAAGAAAAGGCAGAUUAAAGAAAGUCCAGGAACUCCCAGGCGCUACCUAUGAGAGACCUACAAGGAUGGAGCUCUCGGAGCACUUACUGUAUACU